UUAAAGAAAACAAGGUUGACUCUUUCUCUCCGAGGUAAGGGGGUAGAGGAAUAUUGCUAUUCCCUAUGUUGCAACUACUGGAGCAGGGGUUGCGACAGAACACAGUACUUUCUGAGAUUGCUUACAUCCACCGAGUAGCCUACUUUUUCGGUCUUUAAAUCACUCAUUGAACUUUGUUGAUUUCGAUGACGAUUCCAUGGUUUUCAACAUAAUAUGAUAAUAUGAACAAUUUUUAUCAUGUUUAGUUGCAUUUGAGUUCCGACGUCUCAGAAAGCAUGAUUUACAUCGAACACAAAUAAUACUUGACCAUUAUAUUGAUCACUGAUACAAAACAAGAACAUAGAGUCUGAAAGGGUAGACUAUUAAUUCUCUCACGCGUCACUUCCGAGCAAUUAUGCAUGGGGAUUCCCCACUCGAUGAAACCAUGAAGCCACAGCUACAGCUAGCUGAGCUACGGUACAGAUAUGCAUACACAAUAGUAUAAGCUACUAGUGACAGAGCACAUAUUUUCAUUACAACUGUGGAACGUUGAGUAGAGAGCAAUAUGGCAGAGAAUGACGAAUUGUCUGGUCGCGUUGUGCGAAUCGACAGAAAUUUUGCGAAUAUUUCGGUAUCAGGUCGGGCCGGUAAUGCUCGCCUCGAUACGUCGGCUGCUCGCCGUAUCACGGGUUCGUAUAUUGAUGAUGUCCGUGACAUUCUAGAAAUCAAUACCCAGGUUAAGGUUCGAGUUGUUCCAAUGUCUGAGGAGGUUCUGUCAAAGAUUCCGGAACGCUUUCGGAAGACGGUGAGGAGAAAUUCUCAAUGGGAAGUGAAGUUUUUCAAGAGAGACAUUGAACCAGCGCCGCAAGGAAGUCAGUUCAACGUUCCCGAGAGGUAUUUUACAGACGUCAGUAGCUUCAGUGGUGUGCCACGAGAGGCUGUCGGCCGGAUCAUCUCGGCACUACUGCAGAUCACAUUCAUGCUUAACAACACAAGUCUACAGAAGCUCCUGCCUCUCGUAAAAUCACAUUUCAAAGUCAAGGAGAUCCCAGAUAUCGGCCGUUAUUUAGCGACAGAAGGGGAUCUGGAAAGAUUCAUCCUGAAUUGUCCUCAAUAUUUCACAAUUUCAUCAAGUGUUGUGAAGCGCUGUUGUGGAUUUAGCGAGGAAUUUUUCAAUUCAGCCCUUAUCAAGAAGACCCUGGAGAUACAACCUCCUAGCACUGCAGGGAAGAGAAGACAGACUGCUGCUGCAUCUGCUGCUAGUGACCCUGUUGAUUUCAAAGAUGUGCUCAGUCAAACCGAAAUCAUCGAUUCUGUGGAGGACUGUAAUCGAGUUCUUGAUCCCAUCCUUGACCAGUCUACAAGACAGACUGUGGUCAUUGGACUCGACUGCGAAGGUGUAAGGCUUGGGACAGCGAAAGGAUGUCUGACUCUUGUUCAGAUCUCAACGUGGGACGGGAAAGCAUUCCUCUUCGAUGCCUUUAAGAACCCUCAGCUUCUCAAAGGAAACUCAAGUCUCAAGAAGAUACUAGAACAUAACAGCAUCCUGAAGGUGAUCCAUGAUUGUAAAAGUGACACUUAUGGCCUGCAUCAUGGGUUCGGUGUAAAACUCAAGAACGUGUUUGAUACGUCGAUUGCGAUGCGCACAAUAAUGGAGCAAGUGAACAGGUACCGAUCCUACCGAGUCGGUUUUAAAGCUCUUUGUGAGCUCCUCGGAGAGGGCGCUACUCAUAAAGAUGAUGACUUCGUGAAGAAGAUGCUUGAGACGCCAGAUUUCUGGAAGAUUCGACCAUUAACAGAAGAGAUGAUCUACUAUGCUGCAUCUGAUGCAUUGUGUUUGAUUCCCAGCAUAUACCUGAAAUUCAACGGAAUGCUGACACCACUUUGGCGAGACCUGUUCACGUGGUCUUGCAAAGACACCAUGGAAAGCAUCCAGAAACGCAAACAACAAGGAGGUUACCAAGGCAACUGACAGGUGACAUCUGAAACCAGACCAGCUCUUUCAAACCCCAACCACCGUGGAGCUCACUUUCUUCAGUGAAAACCGGAGAAUUAACAUCGAAGACGACAACAGCGACGACAGCGACGAUUUUUCUUCUUCUAAAUCUCAUCAAAUCGAAAUUAUAUAGCAUAAAGUUAUCAAAUGCACUUUAUGCCCAUACAGAUACAGGAAAGAACUCUCAAAUAGAAAUCAUCACACGAGUGGACUGUGAUUUCAAAUUAGAAACAGGAUGGCUGCAACCUAAAGACAAUUUAUUGGUACUUCCGCUGUCCCAACGGAAUAUAAAUCAUCAGGAUAAGAAUUACGUGAUGCUUUUUAGAUUAAAAUCACUACAAUUGUAUUCAAUGUUAUAAGGCAAAAGGAAUUCAAAUAACUUGAAUAUACCCGAGGUCAGAACAACCAAAGGAAAUCAUGUCAGUUUCAUGAUUAUGUAGACAGAUCUUUUUGGAAUGAUCUCCCACUUUCAGUGCGGACAAAGCCAUCCACUUCUUUCUUCAAGAAAGCAUCUAUAGAGUUUCUUUUAAAUGAGUAAAAUAUUAUAAACUGCUACGUAUUUGAUAUUUGACUUUUUCAAUACAUUUUUACAAUUGUAUAGUUUCGUUUGUUAUUAACUUCAAUACAUGUAACAUUUCAAAUUUGUACCCAAACAAUGUUUUUUUUUUUAUAUGUCCGCAGUUACCAGACUCUAUUGGCAUUCAUGCUAUUUUCUGAUUCCUUUUAUCCUUAAUGUUAUGGUGUAAAACUAUUUAUAAGGACUAUAAUGUUAUAUUAAGAUAUUAUAAAUAUGCAACAACAUUUUUCUUGAACGAAAAAGCAGAGCAAAACAAAACAUACAUAACAUAUGUUUAUACAUGUUCUUACUUAUUCUUUGUUGCUGUUAUGAGUUUAUGUUCAUGAUUUUUUUUUUGGUGUGUGUGUGUGUGUGUGUGUUGAACUAUUGUUCCUCAUUGGGCCUCAUGGAAGACCACCAUUAUUGGUGAUAGUGAGCCACCCUGUCUAAAUACCAGAAAUUAAUUAAUUAAUAAAUACCUAUUGUUAUGUGUUGCUUACUAUUAUAUAAUACAUUUCAAGUUCAGGUUGAUUUUUAAAUUAUCAACAAUUUAUAUGAAGAUAUGCUUCUGUGGCAGUCGCAGUGAUAAAUUUUAGCAGAAUAAUUUUCCUGAACAUGUGAACACGUGAUGUUAUACUUUUUAGUUUUGUAGAUACUCAUUCGCCGAACAAUAAAUGACUAUAUUGCUGGGACUGUAUUAAUUAAUGCUCAUCUGACCUUAAUUUAGCUUGUAUUUACGUACUUUUUGUGGUUUAAAUUCAUUAUGCAUCUUUGAAGCGGAGAAACAGUGAGAACAGAAGAUAGCUUUGAUGGUAAAUACAUGUAUUGAGUCAUGAUUAAUUUAUGUUUAUACAGCCAAAAAUAAUGUUUAAACUGUCAUUUAUUCUCUAUUUAAUAUUUAUUCUUUACGCAUGUUAAUGUAAGAAAAUCAAAUUUCCAUUUGUUAUUUAUAGGCAUUACAAACAAUAAAUUGAAUGAUAGUCGAAACUAUGGAGUGAGCAAAA